AUGCCAAUCUUCAUGGUGAACGGUUUCGAAGUUAAAUCGCUGCUGCUCAUGGCAAGUUACACGCUAUUUCCGUCAACCUUAAAACCGUUUCCUAAUUAUCAUAUAAAACAAUGUCCUCCAACUAGAGACGGAGCUCUUAACGUGCAUAUCAUACCGCACUCCCACAUGGACGCAGGGUGGGUGAAGACUUUCGACCAAUAUUAUCAUGGAACUAAAUCUAGCAUCAGUACUGCAAACGUCCAAUUAAUCUAUCACUCAGUCCUCUCAGAGCUGUUACACGACAAAAGAAGGAAGUUCACCUUCUCAGAAACUGGAUAUUUCUGGCGAUGGUGGAAGGAGCAGCGUGGAACCACUCGGUCUACAUUCAGAUCUCUGGUAGCUGAAGGUCGGAUACAGUUUGCUGGUGGUGGCUGGGUACAGGCCGAUGAAGCCACUGUGGACUAUCUCCAACUCCUCGACCAAUAUACUUGGGGACUGAGGAAACUCAAUGACACGCUAGGACCUUGUGGUACACCCAAAGCUGCAUGGCAAGUGGACACAUACGGACAUACAAAAGAACAUAGCUCCUUACUGGCUCAGAUGGGGUUUGAUGGUCUUUUUAUAGGUAGAGUGGACCAUAAAGAAAGAGAAGCGAUGCUUGAAGAAGAUAGAAUGGAAUUUAUGUGGAAGGGAAGUGACGUUCUUGGUAAAAUGUCGGAUAUACUAACACACACAUUAUAUAAUCUAUACAACGCUCCAGACGGCUUUUGCUUUGACUUACUUUGCAGUGACGAACCUAUUGUCGAUGACCCCGAUAGCUCUGUGUACAAUGCUGAUAUACGGGUAAACACAUUCAUAUCGCAAGUAGAAAAACAAGCAAAAUACUACGAUCAUGAUAAUAUUAUGGUGACCAUGGGCGGAGAUUUUACUUACCAAAGCGCCGCAAAUUGGUUUAUGAAUAUAGACAAAUUGAUAAAUCACGUGACAGCACACCGAGCUAAUAUUUCAGAUAUAAAUAUAUUUUACUCUACACCAUCUUGCUAUUUGAAAGCUAUUUACUUAUAUGGAAGAAGAGAUAAAGCUUUAUAUACAGAAAAGGGCGACCAUUUGCCAUAUGGAAGUGACGUAAAUACGUAUUGGACUGGAUUUUACACUUCUAGACCGAGUCUUAAGUUUUUGGCAAUGAGAGCUCACGUAUUUUUACAGAUAGUAAAACAACUCUCAGUAUUAUCACGUAUGGGCGAUUCAUAUGAAUUGCAUCUAUUACGACACUCAGUCGGUUUGAUGUUACAUCACGAUGCUAUAACAGGAACUAGUCAACAGCAAGUAGCGAAUGAUUUUAUCAAAAUAUUAUCUGAAGCUAUAGACGCUUGCACGAAGAAAGUUUCACAGUUUUUAAGUGUUCUAACACCAACAUGGGGUGGAAGCAGGCGACCAAAGAAUUCUCAACAGUUUAUAGUAUGCCAUCAAUUAAAUAUGAGUCAGUGUAGGUUUACAGAGACUCAAGAAUCCAUACUUCUCAUUGUUUACAAUCCUCUCAGCAUCAAGACCUACCACCACAUACGUUUGCCAACCAUUGCUCUACAUUACUCUAUAAGGGAUUUUAAGGACGAAGACGUUGAGUAUCAGCUAGUGCCACUACCAGCGGCUGUAAUAAAUCUACCAGGACGAUCUUCCACUGCAAUACAGGAGAUAUUUUUUGAAGCAGAAAAUAUACCACCUAUGGGUUUCACCACAUAUUACAUGUCCAGUAUAAGAGAUCAACUAGCGGAAGGUGAAUUUUCAAAAAAAUCUCAAAAUCCAGAAAUAGAACAAGAAUUUCUGCCAUUUAUUUCUAACGAAUACAUAAAAGUGACCGUUAACAAAACAACCGGUCUCCUGGAAUCGAUCCAACAUGUAGACGGGAUAAAAAUGAGUAUAUCACAAAAUUGGUACUAUUACAGUCAAGUGCAGAAUAUUCAAAACUCUGGCGUUUACAGCUUUAGACCUGCCCAAGAAAAACCCAUAUCCGUAACAGAUACGGUGAUGUACCAUACGAUAAGAGGGUCGUUAGUAAAAGAAAUAAGACAGAGAUUCACUGAUUGGAUCACGCAAAUAAUAAGAUUGUAUCGCGGCGAAGAGUUCGUUGAAAUUGAAUGGAUUAUUGGUCCUGUGCCUAUUGGAAAUGAUCUUGGUAAAGAAGUAGUUACCAUUUUCAAAUCAAACAUUACAAAUAACGGUAUAUUCUACACGGACUCUAACGGCAGACAAAUGAUCAAACGGUCUUGUUUAAAUGAAUCUUCCGGUGGGACAAGCAAACGUAAAUUAGCCGCUUGCCAAUAUCCUGUGAGGAAAAUAUGCUUGGAAAACAGUAGAGACGGUCUCUGCGUUCUCACUGAUAGAGCUCAAGCUGGCACUUCUUAUAACGAUGGAGAGAUUGAAUUAAUGGUUCACAGAAGACUUUUAACUGAUGAUGGAUUUGGUCUAGAGGAAGCUUUAAAUGAAGAAGAGUUUGGUCUAGGAUUGGUGGUGCGAGGCAAGCACAGGAUAUUUGUAGGUAGCCACAAACAGGAUGUGGACGAUCUUUCGUUCUUUGAAAGAGCAUCUCAAAUGUACAGAAGAUGGGUGUACGAGCCCUGGUUAUUCUUAACACAAGGAGAGAAGAUUAGUAGACGAAAGUGGCAAAAUGUUAGAAAUAAAAGGUUCACAGGUCUUCGUCUUCACGGUCUUCCUCAUCACAUUCAUAUUUUGACUUUGGAGCCUUGGAAAGGAGGUUCCGUACUUUUGAGAUUAGAAAACACUCUUGAAAAGAGUCAUGGACCACCAAACCUUGGCGGUAAUCUACCGAACCCAAGUCUUAUAACAGUGGAUCUCAAGAAGAUAUUCCUCUUCAUCAUCACGAGGGUUGAGGAGACCACGUUAGGUGCCAACCAGUGGCUUCAGCAGGCCAGACAAAUGGACUGGAGUUCUCGAUACGUGUACAAUGGUGGUGAUGAUGGUAUUCUUCCUGAAGAUAACCCAGAUUAUAUAGAUGAGUUAAAAAUGAGUAAGCAAGAAGAUAAGGAAAAUGACCCAUAUUCAGAUGAAGAAAAUUAUUCAAGAGGAAAUUCUAAGCAAGGACAGCUAAGAAAGAAAUUGAGGACAAAAAAUAAAUUUAGUAUUAAAAACAGGCGAAAGAGAUCCACUAAUAUAUCAGAAAAUAGUAUAGAUGAUACUAAAUAUGGCAAUGAAACAGACGGAGACAAUGUAUAUAAAAAUACUAUAUUACGCAAUGAAAGUGUUACUGUGAAACCAGAAAUUAUCAAAAAUAUCACCAAAACUUCUAGAAAAUUUACCACACUGAAAACUACAAGAAUGCCUGCUAUACAUUUUGAAAUACCAAAAAAAGGUUUUGUCGGAUAUAGCAGAGAAGACGACGAAGGUUUAUUUCAAGAAGAUUUUCCACCGAAAUUGAAGAAGAGACGAAAUAAGAGGAGAAAUAGAACAAGUCUUAACUGUGAAGAGACUGAUGGUUUCGACGACGGCGUAACAAAAUCUAUGUAUGAAAUGUAUUACAAAGUUAAGUCAAGAGAGAAAUCUUUUAAAUCAUAUUUACGAAGUUCAGAAGAAUAUAAGGAACAAUCUAGAAUAAAUAAUAGAAAAAGAAAUAAUGGCAUUACUUCUAGAAGGAAAAAUAAAACUUAUAGGGAUCAAACAAAUUCUGAUGAGGGUAUUUCUUCUAGAACAUUUAGAAAAGUUAAUUCUGAAGAACAUACACGUAGAACAAACAGGAAAUUUAGAGUUGAUAAUAAAAACACCCAAAAAUUACGAAAAAGCAGAAGAUUAAAGAAAGAUUAUUCUGGCGAAAAUACUUCUAGAAGUAAAAGAAGGAAAGAUCCCGCUGUUGGAAUGCCGUUUAUUACUGAAAAUCAUGACGGAGAAAAUAAGAAAGGGAGAAAAAGAGAGAAAUAUAGAGAACAAGAAUACAGAGGAAGAGUUUAUCCAAGAGAAGAAUCGAAAUCUCGAAAGAGGCGUAUAGAAGAUGCUGAUGCAUCUCAAGAAGAAGAAAUGAGUUCUCCAGAAGAAGAAGUAGAUAACGAAGAAGAUCAAUUUAUUGAAAGGAAAAAACGAGCAAUUGCUGAGCAUCCUGAAAAUUCUGAGCAUUCUGAGCAUCCUGAGCAUUUUGAACAAUCAGAGCAAGAUCAAGAAGAUUUCUUAAUCACUCUACGUCCUACACAAAUUCGUACUUUUAUAAUAUGGUUUGAGAAAAAGAAAUCUUACACGUUA